AUGACCAUGGGUCUUCUCCAUCAUCCUCCUUUGUCCUCCUUCUCUACACUUACCUCUCCACGAAAUUUUUCUUCUUAUCGUAACUUUUACGAAUCUUUCCAAAUGAAUAAGCGAUCGACGGUCGAUACAAAAGUUUAUAGUACUUAUGUUGUUCGGCGGUCUGCAAAUUACAAACCUCCUAUCUGGAAGCAUGAGUUUGUUGAAUCGUUAACGAGUGAAUUCACGGGAGAGAAAUGUUUAAAUAGAAGAGAUAUGCUAAAAAGAAGAGUGAAAAUGAUGUUGAACAAAGAAUUAUUAUUGGAGGGAGAUAGUUUGAGACAAUUGGAGCUAGUGGACGAACUACAACGGUUGGGGUUGUCAUAUCACUUCCAAAUAGAAAUAAAUCAAAUAUUAGAGAAUAUGAAUGAAAAGUUUCGAAAUGGAAAGGAUUUAGAGUGGAACAACAACUUAUAUGCCACCGCUCUUCAUUUUAGGAUUUUAAGGCAACACGGCUAUUAUAUCCCACAAGAGGUAUUCGAGAAGUUUAAUGAUGAGUUAGAAAGUUCUAAUAGUAUUUCUGAAGAGAAAGUUAAGGGAAUAUUAUCCUUAUACGAAGCUUCAUUUUUAGCAAUCGAUGGUGAAGGCUUUUUGGAUGAAGCGAGACAUUUUGCCAUCCAACAUUUAUCAAAAUAUCUUAAAUCGAGUGGUGAUGAAAUAAUUUGUACUAUGGUGAGGCAUGCUCUCAAACUCCCACUUCACUGGAGAAUGCCAAGAUUGGAGGUUAGAUGGUUCAUCGAUUUGUAUCGAAGAAAACCCAAACCAAAUCCCGUGUUGUUAGAUUUGGCCACGUUAGACUUCAAUAUUGUCCAAUCCACACAUCAAGAUGAUCUGAAAUAUGCCUCUAGGUGGUGGAAGAGUACUGAGCUCGGGCAAAAACUCGAUUUUGCAAGAGAUAGAUUAAUGACAAAUUUCUUUUGGUCAGUGGGAAUGGGAUGCAAACCUCAUCUCAGCUAUCUUAGAAGAAUGUCCACAAAAAUUGCUUCAUUAGUAACAAUAAUUGAUGAUGUUUAUGACGUGCAUGCAACUUUGAAUGAACUUGAACUCUUCACCGAUGCUGUCGAGAGAUGGGAUGUUGUUGCAAUUGAUUCAUUGCCUAACUACAUGAAGAUAUGUUUUUUUGCUCUCCAUAACACCAUCAACAAUAUGACCUUCGAUGCUGUUAAGAAUCAUGGAGUCAAUGUCAUUCAAUAUUUAAGAAAAAUGUGGAUAGAUUUAUGCAAAACGUUCUUGAUAGAGGCAAGAUGGCACUACACCAAUUAUAAGCCAACAUUCCAAGAGUAUUUAGACAAUGCAUGGAUUUCAGUAUCGGGAUCUCUUCUUCUCGUUCAUGCUUACGUCUUUGCUACAGACUCAAUAAUGAAAGAGGAUUUGGAAUACUUGGAAGACUAUCCUGAUAUUCUUCAACAUUCAUCCAUAAUCUUUCGUCUUACCAAUGACUUAGCUUCAUCAUCGGAUGAAGCAGAGAGAGGUGAAGUUGCUAAGUCUCUCCAAUGUUACAUGAAUGACACAGGUGCCUCUGAACAUGAAGCACGAAGAUAUAUGAAGGAUUUGAUUAUCGAGUCGUGGAAGAAAUUGAAUGAAAUUCAAAUGUUGAAUUAUUCUCCAUUCAUCUCUAGAGAUUUCAUUGAUAUUGCUUUAAAUGUCGCUAGAAUUUCUCACACAGUCUACCAAUAUAGAGAUGGACACACUGUGGAAGAUGAAGAGACCAAGGAUCGUGUCUCAUCUUUAUUCAUCAAUUCUACAUAGAAUCAUACAUAUAGACAAC